AUGAUACCGUUUCAAGUGCCGCCACUCAGCCAGAUACUGGCAACGGGCGCGAUAUUCGCAGUGAUAUACUACAUCACGAGUGCAAUCUACUGUAUCUACUUCCACCCGUUAUCCAAAUUCCCAGGGCCCAAAUUUGCAGCCUUUUCUCGCCUUCCAUUUGCAAUCUCCGCGGUUCGGGGUCAACAAUACAAAUGGAUUGACGACCUCCACGAUCGUUACGGAAAAGUGGUACGCGUGGGUCCAAAUGAACUGACCACCAUUUCAUCCGGCGCUUGGAGGGACUUGUAUCUCCAGCGACCACAGCUGCCAAAAGACCCACACCCACAGACGCCACCAUUGAACGGGGCAGACUCUCUAUUUACCGCUGAUGGAAGCACACACCAGCGUAUGCGGAGGACACUGUUAAACGCUUUCAAUGACCGUGCUUUACGGGCGCAGUCGCCCAUUAUAGAAUCACAUGCGAACCUGUUCAUCCAGCGAUUGCGGCGCGAAGCAGCCAAGAGCGUAGACAGCGUCGUAGACCUAGCCAAAUUCUACGGCUAUGCAGCCCUAGAUGUGGUUUCAGACCUGACCUAUGGCGAGAGUUUCCACGGCCUCGAGGGCGACAACGAACAUAACUGGGUCAUGGGCUUUUUCCUCGGGGCAAAGUUUGGCGCAGUGCGCAACCACCUAAGCUACUUCUACCCGCUUGACAGGAUUUUCGGGUUUCUAUUCUUGCAGCUAACGGCUAAGAUACGGAAGCGGAACUGGCAGUACACAGCCGAUUUGGUGACGAAGCGAUUAGAUAUGGGGGACCUGGGGUCUCUGCGGUCUGACUUUGUCACGCCCGUUAUUGGCAAUGUUAAGGAGACAAAGGACAAGGGUAUUACCCGCAACGAACUAAAUACGCACUCACUAGCCAUCACCAUUGCAGGAUCCCAACUGCCUACGGUGGCCUUAGCCACGGCCACAUAUCUACUGCUGACCCACCCGCUUCAGCUUGAGCGCCUCCUUGGUGAAAUUCGCUCGUCAUUCCAGCAGGAAUCAGACAUCACCAUUGAGAGUACAGCAGGGUUGCCUUAUCUCUCCGCCGUCAUUGAUGAAACGCUGCGCAUCCAUCACCCCACGCCAAUACACCUGCCCCGACUGAUUUCCUCUGGAGGAUUGCGCGUGGACAAUGAGUGGAUCCCCGGAAAUACAUCUUCCCGCAAUUGGGCCGAGCCGCACAAAUUCAACCCCGAGCGCUUUCUACCACCGAGCCAUUCAUGGUAUGAUGCUCGUUUUAACAGCGACGAUAAAGAGGCAUUCAAGCCUUUUUCCAUUGGCACCCGGAACUGCAUCGGCGGCAAGGUUUUUCUUGCAGAAGCGCGAAUCCUCCUUGCGCGCACGCUAUGGAAUUUCGAGCUUGCCCUUGAGCCGAGCACCCGGGUAGACGACUGGUUGGACCAAAAAGCUUAUCUAGUCUUUGAGCCCAAGCCACUGUGUGUCAAGCUACUGGAGAAGACGUUGUAA